GCCUGGCUUCAAAAGGAGAGGGCAGGUCAAAACCCUAACAACACCCCAAGCCUCGGUUACUGAAAUCUCAGACAAAUCUUCUACCAAAUCCACCAGUAUAGCAUCACACAGUCAGAACAAAAGUGUGGGAGUAGGACCUCUGCCUACACCCUUUAAAGUAGGAAAGACACCUCUGCCAGCUAUUAAUGCUGACUCUGAGGCUUGGAGAAACUCAAUUAUGUCUUUUUCUAAUUUACCAGAAUUCACCACUUUGACAACUGAACCAGCAUCAACUUACAGAAGACAUACAGCGAUUGGAUUACACACUACACCACAAUCGCAAACGCAGAGGAACACCAAUGCAAUCCCAGUGAACAUUAAUAUGAGGCUUAAAGCAGAAAGGGGUUUGAGAUACACAACAAAAAGACCCUAUAUGAGUGUUCAGCCAACCGUAUAUGAUAAAACAUACAAGGACUGUUUUGAGUGUCAUACCUCAUCUGGUGUACCUCUGGGAAAAUCAGACGAGAGAAGAAUAAGUUCAGUCACAAUGUUUGAUCAAACUGAAAAACAAUUCUACACCCUCACCCCUUCUUCACAAAAUAUUGAUACAGGCAAUUCAAAUUCCUAUGACCGCUCUUCCAGGUAUGACUUAUCUAAUACUAUAAAUAGGUCAUCUGUUGAGGAUAUUAUUUACAAGCCAAUGAUUAUUGGUGGAAAAGCUGCCAGUUUCACUGUUCUUUUAAACUCUGAUGCCUUGCUUCCCUGCAAUGUGACUGGCAAUCCUGAACCCACAAUCAGCUGGAGACGAUUUGCAUCUACCACAGGUAAGAUGUUGAAAAUCAGGAGCAAAAUGGGUAAAUUUGAAGUCUUGAAGAAUGGAACAUUGUCAAUCCAAAGAGCAAACAUUAAAGACCAUGGGCAUUACAUAUGUUUUGCAGAGAAUGAGCAUGGCUCUGAUAAGCUUGUGGUUACAUUGUCAGUUCUGGAAUAUCCCACCCGUAUAUUGGAACCAAAGGUGAGGGAAGUUAAUGUUCUCUCUGGGAAAACUGUAGAAUUGGAAUGCAAUACAGAGGGCAGACCAGUGCCAAUUGUGUCAUGGAUUCUACCAAACCACACAGAAGUUAGGAGUCGAAACACUAUGCAUGGAAGAGUAGCAGUAAGCUCAAAGGGGAUACUAACUAUCCAAAAUGUGUCAACUUUUGAUUGUGGAAAUUACAAGUGUUUUGCAAGUAAUACGGGAAAUACUGACACCGUCACUGUUCGUCUGCAAGUGGUGGAGGAACCCCCGCUAAUACUGGAAGAGAAACAACAGCUGGUUAAAGCUGAUGUUGGGCAGAAUCUGUUUUUGCCCUGUUCAAGUCAUGGUGACCCCCAACCUACCACACUCUGGGUCCUACAUGAUGGCACAAUCAUAAGGCCUUUUAGAUCCUCACACCCAAAGAUAUCUGUUUUUUUUAACGGUACACUUCACCUGAGGAAUGUAGCAAUAACUGAAAGUGGAAAAUAUGAAUGUGUUGCAACCAGCAGCACAUCAUCAGAGCGGCGUGUGGUCAUGCUAUCUGUGAAGAGGACUGAAACUGCCCCUCAGAUCAUUCAAACAUCAUCACUAAAAACUGAACUGCUAUACGGUGGUCGUCUUCAAUUGAACUGCUCUGCAAUUGGGAACCCAAAACCCCAUAUCAUUUGGAGGCUUCCUUCCAAGACUCUUGUGGACCACUCAGAUAGAAUGGGAAGCCGCAUAAAGGUCCAGGGGAACGGCACUCUCGUCAUUGAAUCAGUUAAUGAGAUGGAUUCCGGGGACUUCAUGUGCUUUGCACGCAGCAAAGCGGGGGAUGAUGUAAAGCUGAUGAGGGUUUCUGUGAUUAUGAAGCCAGCUCGGAUUGAAUCAAACGUCUUUAGUAAGAAACAAGUGCCUUACGGCCAUGACCUAAAAGUGGACUGUGUGGCAGCUGGUUUCCCCAUCCCAGAGAUAUCUUGGGGGCUGCCCGAUGGUACCUUGGUUAAUAGUGCCGUGCAAUCGGAUGGAGCUGGAGAAGUUCGGUCCAAGUGGUACACCGUGUUUAAUAAUGGUACGCUGUACUUCAAUAAAGUAGAAAUGGGUGAGGAGGGCAAUUAUACCUGUUAUGCAGAAAACAAACUGGGUAAGGACAAGAUCCAUAUUCACAUUAAUGUGGUAACUGCGGUCCCUCGAAUUCAACCCCCAAACCGUACCUAUGCUAAGGUGAGGCCAGGUGGAAAUAUCCGCUUUGACUGUAAGGCUACAGGGGAGCCCAAGCCAAAGGUCCUGUGGAUGCUGCCAUCCAAAGAUAUAAUUGCUGCAUCUAAUGAGCGAUGCUUAGUGCACGCAAAUGGGUCUCUUGAUAUACGCAAUGUUAAACUGGCCGACGCUGGAGAGUAUGUCUGCACGGCUCGUAACGCAGCAGGUGAGGAAAAUCAAGUAUAUAAGCUGGACAUUGAUGGAAAUCCACCUAUCAUCAAUGGCUUUAAACAGAACAGAACUGUGGUGAAAGAUAUAGCAGUCAAGUACUCUAGAAAACUAAUAGACUGCAAGGUUGAGGGACAUCCUCCCCCAAAGAUCACAUGGAUCAUGCCGGACAAUAUAUUUCUCACAGCACCAUACUACGGAAGCCGGAUUAACGUUCACAGCAACGGUACGCUAGAGAUUCGUAACGUUCGGCCAUCAGAUAGAGCAGAGUUCAUCUGUAUGGCACAGAAUGAUGGAGGUGAGGCGGUCAUGUUGCUUCAACUGGAGGUCACAGGUAUGCUCAAGAGACCCAUUUUUAAAAAUCCUUUUAAUGAGCGAUUGGUGACUCAGAUGGGAAGAACCGCCGUGCUGAACUGUUCUGCUGAUGGGCAACCCAUGCCAGAAAUCACAUGGAUGCUACCCAAUAAAACUAGGCUUGGUGAAGAACGUGAUAACGGCUCAAGGUAUCACCUGAGUAAGGACGGCACUCUCGUCAUUCACCACUCCAGGAGAGAAGACGCAGGGAAAUAUCGUUGCUCUGCCAAAAACCAGGCGGGCUACAUAGAGAAGCUGAUCGUGUUUGAGGUGUUUCAAAAGCCUUACAUUCUAACACGCCCUAGAGGGAUGAUUCGCUGUUCUUCUGGAGAGCCUCUCUACCUGCAUUGCCUGACAGAUGGACGUAAAGCCAGGAUUUCCUGGAUCAUGCCAGGAGGUUACGCUCUUUCCCGUCCGCAAGUAAGCGGACGCUACCAUUUAAUGGAAAAUGGAACACUUGUUAUACGAAGGACAACCAUUAAUGAUGGCGGCAACUAUGUGUGUCAAGCGAAGAAUGAAGCUGGUGUGGCACUUCUGACCGUGCCUGUUAUAAUCAUGGCAUUUGCACCCCGGAUCAUUACUGGACCUCCACCAGCUGUGAGAGGACUGACUGGAGUUCCUGUUUAUCUUCCAUGUUUUGCCAAAGGAGUUCCAAAGCCAGAUAUCAUCUGGGAGCUUCCAGAUCACUCCGUUCUUACCACCACAGGAAAUAGAACGCCUGAAAUCAGUCAUCUGCUCCAUCCACAAGGGACACUUGUCAUUCAAAAUCCCACAAGAGCGGAUUCUGGAAAUUACAAGUGUUCUGCUGUAAACAUUCUAGGCAGAGAUACCAAAAUUACAGACAUGACAGUCAUAUAAGUAGAGUUCAUUGGGUGAUGACAGUAUGCUCUUCUGCAAGGUCUCCCUGAUAGUACACAACAUUUGGCAGACGUCUAUUUGAAGUCUGCAUUUUACAUCGGGAAGACAUCUGCAAAACACAGUUUGCUGAUCUGCAAUAGGUCCCGGAAAAGUCUGCUGUCAGAUGUUUAUGAUUUAGAAUGGAUGUUAACCUGCUCUUUCGAAGAUGUGUUUUUACGUCCCAGAUAUUUUCCAGCUCUGUACUAGCUUAGUUAAAUAGAGUGAGGCUACUUUGAUCUGUCAUGUACAGAAGUCUGGAUAAUAAUGCUGUUUGAGGGGAAAACAAAACAACAUUGAGGACUUGAGUCUUUGAAAUGACUUUUAAUGUCUUCAGUUUUUCUGACAAGUUUAUUUUCACAUUGAACUACUGUAUUAAAAAUAUAUGUAUUUUAAUUUAGCAUUAACAGCAUCACAGAGAGUUUCACAUACUCUGUGCUCAUAUGUAAUGAGUGAAUAUUCUUGAGUUUUUCUCACAAUAGAAAACAUUUAAUGUUAAAAAAAAUUUAGUAGAAGAAACUGUCCAAUUUCAACUAAACAAUGUUUC